AUGGAGAUUGUGAACAGUGUUUCCUUCAACUCCAUUGGCAUCAGCAGAACUAGAAUAAACAAGACAGUGAAGGUAGGAUUCCAACCACAACAAAUUGGCUGCAAACUAACAAAGACAUGUUGCGAGUACUCUCCUGGUACUUCUAGAAAGAAGCAGGAGAAGUAUGAGCAACAACCACAGAACGUCGAUCUUCCAGAAUUACAUCCAAAAAACAAAAAGAAACCCUUUCCUGUUCCGAUUAAAAAGAUGUUGCAAGCUUCUCGGCGAGAUAAGAGGCUUGCACAAAUGCAUAUAGAGAAGCCUCUUGACCCCCCAAAGAACGGUUUGCUUGUGCUAGAGCUUGUUCCGGUUGCUCAUGAAGUCCUUGAUAACUGGAAAGUGCUCAUCAGAGGGCUCUCUCAACUUCUGAAUGUUGUUACAGUUUAUGGCUGCAGAAAGUGCCCUCAAGUCCAUGUUGGUCCAGUUGGCCACCAGAUCCAAGACUGCUACGGUUCAGGAAGCCAGCGUCGGAACAGUCAUCACUCUUGGGCCAGAGGUUCCAUCAAUGAUGUCCUCAUCCCAAUCGAGUCUUACCAUCUUUUUGACCCAUUUGGACGGAGAGUGAAGCAUGAUACCAGAUUUGAUUAUGACAGGAUUCCAGCAAUUGUUGAGCUAUGCAUUCAGGCUGGUGUCGACUUACCACAAUAUCCCUCGAGGCGACGGACUGCUCCUGUCCGGAUGAUAGGCAAGAAGAUGAUUGACCGUGGUGAGUUUGUUGAUGAGCCUAAGCCACACCGGUCAGAAGACUGUGUAUCUCUACUUGCUGAGCUCGACACAUUCAGCAACCAACAAGGUCAGUCACCUUCACCAUCAAAUGUGCAAGAGCUCGCCGAGAGGACACUGAAAGCAUACCUCAAUGUCCGACGAGGCGUCGAGCUGCUGAUGAGCAAGUACACUGUGAAAUCAUGUGGAUACUGCUCUGAGGUCCAUGUCGGUCCAUGGGGCCACAAUGUGAAGCUCUGCGGGGCUUUCAAGCACCAGUGGCGGGAUGGCAAGCAUGGGUGGCAGGACGCGGUGGUUGAUGAGGUCAUCCCUCCCAACUACGUGUGGCAUGUCCCUGACCCCAGUGGUCCUCCUCUCAGAUCCUCACUCAGGAGUUUCUAUGGCAAAGCUCCAGCUGUCGUAGAACUGUGUGUGCAGGCGGGGGCUGAAAUACCUGACGAGUAUCGGCCCAUGAUGAGGACUGACAUUGUCAUCCCGGACUCUGAGGAAGCUCGGAUGGCUGCAUAA